CUGAAGAGCGGAGCGAGCGAGCGCGCGGCGCGAGAACCUCGGCCCGCGCGCCUUCUACUCCUCAGCCGCGGCCUCCUCGUGCGCACCCGCGGCCCCCAGCAUGUCGGCGGCGGCGGCCCCCGCCGCAGAGGGAGAGGACGCCCCGGCGCAGCCCGCGUCCGAGAAGGAGCCCGAAAUGCCGGGCGCCAGGGACGAGAGUGAGGAGGAGGAGGAGGAGGAAGAGGACGAGGACGAGUACGAGGAGGAAGAAAAAGAAAAGAGCCUCAUUGUGGAAGGCAAGAGAGAAAAGAAGAAAGUAGAGAGAUUGACAAUGCAAGUGUCUUCCUUACAAAGAGAGCCAUUUACAAUUGAACAAGGGAAGGGUCAGAAACUAUGUGAUAUUGAAAGGAUACAUUUCUUUCUGAGUAAGAAAAAAACAGAUGAACUUAGAAAUCUACACAAACUGCUUUACAACAGACCAGGCACAGUAUCCUCAUUAAAGAAGAAUGUGGGUCAGUUCAGUGGCUUUCCAUUUGAAAAAGGCAGUACCCAGUAUAAAAAGAAGGAAGAAAUGCUGAAAAAGUUUAGGAAUGCGAUGCUAAAGAGCAUCUGUGAGGUUCUUGAUUUAGAGAGAUCAGGCGUGAACAGCAAACUAGUGAAGAGGAUCUUGAAUUUCUUAAUGCAUCCAAAGCCUUCUGGCAAACCAUUGCCAAAACCCAAAAAAUCCUCAAGCAAAGGUAGUAAAAAGGAACGGAACAGUUCUGGAACAACAAGGAAGUCAAAGCAAACCAAAUGUCCUGAAAUUCUGUCAGAUGAAUCUAGUAGUGAUGAAGAUGAGAAGAAAAAUAAGGAAGAGUCUUCAGAAGAUGAAGAGAAAGAAAGUGAAGAGGAGCAACCACCAAAAAAGACAUCUAAAAAAGAAAAAGCAAGACAGAAAGCUGCUGCUAAAAGUAAGAAGUCUGUAAAAAGUGCUAAUGUUAAGAAGGCAGAUAGCAGCACCACCAAGAAGAAUCAAAACAGUUCCAAAAAAGAGUCUGAAUCUGAAGAUAGUUCUGAUGAUGAACCAUUAAUUAAAAAAUUGAAAAAACCACCUACAGAUGAAGAGUUAAAGGAAACAGUGAAGAAAUUACUGGCUGAUGCUAACUUGGAGGAAGUCACAAUGAAGCAGAUUUGCAAAGAGGUAUAUGAAAAUUAUCCUGCUUAUGAUUUAACUGAGAGGAAAGAUUUCAUUAAAACAACUGUAAAAGAGCUAAUCUCUUAAGCUAGAGGACAGAUGGCUUGUUCUAAGAUUUGAAGAUACGAUUUAUACCAGCAAAGAGAAUGUAUUUUCUUUUUUAAGUCUAUUGUUGGUAGAACUCGCUGCUGACCCUUUUGAGUGUUACAUAUAUUUGAGCUUGCUGUUUUAAAUUGCAUUUCCUUGCAGUUUUCAGUUUAAAGUCUUGCAUGGCAGUAAAUGUUCCUUGCUUUUUAUAGUUGUACGUUUUGGAUUUCUUUAUUGUAAGGUCAUAGAUUUCUGAACUGUUGUGAAUUUUAGUGCACUUAAUGUUAGCUUAAGACACUUUUAAUUGAAGCAAAAACUAUAUAACUAUAACCAGCAUUUAUACGUGCAGAGACUAUUGCAGUAUUUAGUAUAUGAGAUAUUUUGAAUACACCUUCUGUCAGUGUGAAAACGUAGUGGCAGUUUCUUCAUCAUAUUAGAGCACAGCUGUUCAGAUGACCGAGUUGGAACUUUUCACGCAUGCAUAUAUAUGUCAGGUUGUCAGCAUGACAGAAGUGACAGAUGUUAUUUUUGUAUUUUUAAAAACCAAUUUGCUGUAUAUAAUUUUUUUUUAAUUUCUUUUGUGCAGAUCAAUUUUUAAACUCAUGUAGGUAGAUGUCUUGUAACUAAAGAAUGUCAGUGUUCAGCCAGGCAGCAUAACAGAGCAGUUAGUUCAGUGUUGCAGCACUGAAGGACUGUCCAGUUCUGCUUUGCCCUGAAAGUGUCAUCAAUUUUUGUGGUAUGUUAAAAGUGUCAUAGAAAUUUUAUAUUGAGGAUAAACCAAAAUCAACACAUAGAGUUUCAAAAACUGGGGAAGGGUGAGCACACUUGGCUUAUAUAAGUGAACUGGUAGUAACUAAACUUUGACCAUAUAAAUCGUAGAUACCUGACUUCCUUCAUAAUUAUGAUUGAAAGUAUCACCAGAUGUAAUGCCAGAAGAUAGUAUAAAAGUUAUCAGAUGGUAAUGCCGGGAAUGUAGGUAUCUUUGAAAGUAUUUCUCAAAAAACCAUACAUUAAAUUUCUUUGAAGUAAGUAUUAUGGAAUCAAGGCUGUUUGAUUUUAAAUUUUGGUCAAUCAAGAUUUUUAGGUGAUAAACAUGGACUGUCCCUGAAUUUUAAUUUUGUCUUUUGACUGUCCUGAGAAAUUAUUUCUGAAUUAUAAAAAUAAGCUGCUUGACAAUUGAUGUACCAACUGAGUAUUUAAUUUUCACAUCGUAAAUCAAAUAUAUUAAAAUAAUGUUGAGCAUUAACAGGUAUUUUUACAUAUUCGACUUUAGUAUGCUUAGAGUGAAAUGGAGGAAGUAACUAAAUGAGGACUAAAAAUUGGCCUUUACUUUUAAAUAAUUUGUUAUAAAUCUUGGCAAUAAAGAUAAAUUGAUGUUUUAAAAAAAACUAUGAUACUGGAGUUAUUAUUGAGAGAUUUUAGACAGAGGGUCCUUUUUAUCUUUUCCAUGUAUGAGCAUAUUGUUAGCUGGCUUUAUUAUAGACACCUUUAUACCAUAAACAAUAAUAGCCUGUAUUGGAAAUAGUUUACCUUUUAGCUGUUUUCAAGCUCAUAUUGUCUUUUUCCUGGGUUCUGUUGUUCUCUUUCUCUCUGUCACAAAGUCAGGAGUCCAGCCUGACCCAAGAUAGAAGCUCUGGAGGAAGCUGAGAGAAAUAUAUUUUGGGCUGAAGCAAGCUGUCUCCAGAGCCAGCUUUUCAGUGAAAUAAAACAGCCUGUGACAAUUUUUCAAUAUUAUGCAUAUCCCAAAGACAUUUGAAUUUCUCUAAGACUGAGCCCAGUGAUCUGCUCCUCCAUAACCAGUUUGUGUGUAUCUGCAGAUGGGGGCAGCAGCCUGAAGAGACUAACAAGUAACUGAAAAUAGAAAUAAAAGCAAGAGUAUCUGAGCUUGGUGGGGCAGAAACAAAGGCAGACCAAAGACAUAAGGCAAAGAAGUCGCCAGAACAAAAAGAUCACCCUAUCUCAGUUAGGGAAAGCAGGCUUGGAGAUCCAGUAGAAACAGCAGGCAUUAGGGCCCAGUGUAGAUUUUAUCUCCACUUUCCUUCCAAGCUGUAUUUAGUUUAGGCUCUGGGUGUGGUUGUAGGUGUGAGCUAAGUGGUAGGAAUGAGAAGGCUGGGGAGAAGGUCACAUGGGGGAGAGGCCUCAGACCCUUUGCCAUGUAGUUUGAGACGGUUGUCUAGAUAUGUCAGAAUGUCAAAAUUGAAAGUUUUGAAUUGGGACCAGAAAUGGCCAUCAUUGAAAGAGUACUGUGGCCAGAUUUGAGUAGAUAACUAAGUGAGUUUGGUGGUCUGGAACUCGCUAAGCUGGAGCUUUUAGAGCCCAUUUAAAAAAUUUGGUUUGAAUUUUAAAUGACAGGCAGAACUGGCAGAAAGUCUUAUCCUACUGCCUAAGGCAUCCCCAGGCUUAAGGGAAAGAUGAAAAUUAAAACUGAGAGUUGGGGUGGGGGUCACCACACUCAAAAGGCUACAGGAGUUCUCAAAGUUAGUUAACUGUGAGAGGUUCCUGGAAUCUCUUGUGAUCCGAGAAGGAAUGGGAAGUUCUCAGAGCUUCUGGUGUCUGGUUGACACAUCUUUGAGUCAGAUCCAGAUGGAUGGUUACCUUGUCCUGUAGAAUUUGUGUGUGUGGAUAGCAGUGACCAAAUGGUGAAAGACCUCUUAGCCUGAAGUUCAGAGAAUGUUGGAGGAAGAGGUCAAAGGAAGGGUCGGGGGAAGAUGAAUGGGGAGGAUUCAGAGAAGAGAAGAGAAGAGGAUUGGUGUCAGUCUGGAUUUACACAGAGCACCGACAAAGUCAUAAGAAUUGAAAUUCCAUCCAUAGAACUUGCACUAUUCAUGAAGGCAGAAUUAGGACUGGUGGCUGUUUAGCCUAUAUAUUGAAUGUCUUGGGUCAGUGUUCUAUUGCUGUGAAGAGAUAACAUGACUAAGGCAACUCUUAUAAAAGAAAGCAUUUAAUUGAGGGCCUGCUUACAGUUUCAGAUGAUUAGUCCAAUAUCAUCAUGGUGGGAAACAUGGUAGCAUACAGGCAGAAAUGGUGCUGAAGAAGUAGCUGAGAGAUACACCCAGAUCCACUGGCCAGGAGAGAGAUUCUGGGCUUGGAAUGGGCUUUUGAAACCUCAAAGCACACCUCUGGUGACAUACUUUCUCCAACAAGGCCAUACUUCCUAAUCCUCCUAAUCCACUAAUUCAAAUAGUGCAACUCCCUAGUGAUCAAGCAUUCAACUCUAUUAGUCUCUGGUGACAUACUUUCUCCUAUGGGGCCAUUCUUCAAACCAUCACAGUGAGAUUAUAGGGUGUCUGUGCUCCUGAAGGAAUUACCUGUAGGAAGGAGGAAGGAGGGAUUUCUGCCCAGCGGACCUGAAAAGGAUCCUGGGUUUUGGCACCAGAUGUAAGAAAAAUGAGGCAAAGAAGCAGACAGAUUGAUCUCAACAUGCUCAAACUGCUUUAUUGGAACAGAAAGAGGUCCUAAGCUUUCUGUGGGAUUAAGGUUGAGCACAUUUAGAGGGCCUGAGGGACAUCUAUCUAUCUAUCUAUCUAUCUAUCUAUCUAUCUAGCAGGAAGUUACAUCUAUUCUUUUGUGGUUUGGUUAGAAGUAGGGUACCUUGUUUUUAAUAGCCAUAUUGUUUCUACAGGUUGAUCAGAACAGUCAGACUGGGGCCAAGCAAUUCUUUAUGGCUAGAGGACAUUGCCCAGUACAGCCUGACUCAGUUCCUCAUGACCUGAGGCUAUUACCCAACACAGUAAAGUCAAAAUAUUCCUAAAAUAUGAAGAAAUAAAACAGAAGAAAAGAAAAUAUUGUUCCCCCACCAUAGAAAAAGUUCAUAUUCUAGUUUCAUUCUGUUGCUGUGAUGAAACACUCUGACCAAAAGCAACUUAAAGAUGGGAAGGCUUUAUUUCAGCUUACAAUUUCAAGUCACAAUCCAUCAUUAAGGGAAGUCAGGGCAGGAAAUGAAGCAGAAACUAAGGAGUAACAUUGCUUAUUGACUUGUUUUCUCACUUGCUCAGCUAGCUUUCUACUAUGCCCCAGGCCCACCUGCCUAGAGAUGGUGCCACCCACAAUGGGCUGGGCCCUCCCACAUCAAUCAUCAACCAAGACUGUUUCUUGCUGAUGUGGCCACAGGCCAAUCUAAUCUUGGCAAUUCCUCAAUCAAAAUUGAAGCUAGCUAGGAUAUUGCAUAAGCAAAAGAAAAAGGCACACACAUUAUGUGAAGGGAAAUAAAUGAAAACAUGAAAAACAUAAAAAUGCAGUAAAGAGGCUCACUAAGCAUCUAAGGAGAAAAGGGGAAGGAAUCAUAAGGGAACAAAAAGAAAAGAUGAGAUGUUGGAGAAGCUUCUUACUGUAUCUUCGAAUAUUGGAUACUGCCAGUUAUCAUGGGGGUUGGGGAUGGUCAGUUAAACCUGUGUGCUCUUGUCUUUCCUGUGGCUUAUGGUGUUGUGGAGUGAGCAUUGCAUGAGUGUUUGAUAUCCAUCAUCUUCCUCUUUGGUUGUUUCUCUCCCUUACAUAGUAGGAUGAGCUGAUCUGUUAACCACAUUUAGCUUUUCAUUCUGCAGACUGGGAAGAUCCUCUCAGCCCCGUGACUCCCCAGACAAUACUCCCUGGAGUGGCUAGUGUUUUAGCUGGAGGAUGUCUCCCAAGUGCAUUUGGAGUGUGGGAAGCAAACAAAGCACUGAGACAGGCUCAGGCAGAGGAUCUGUCCUUAUACUUCCCAGAUCUCUUGAGCAUUAAAUCACUCUGCUGAUAUGAGGAAUGCAGCUUUGGGUAUCAUGUACAUCCCUUGAACUUCAGAGAUUUCUGGCCCAACAGCAAUGAAGGGCAGAUGGGUGGCUCCAGAUUUUGACCCACUCUGUGGCCUCAGGCUCAGAGCUUUCAAACUCCAGAACUGUUUGCAGUUGAUGAGAUCUGCUCCCCAGCCACCAAGGGUAGGACUGUCUCUUCUCAUGCUCUUCCCAGCUUAAGCCUGCUACUUGCACCCUUUAAAGGGUUUGUGAGUGUUCAGCCUUCCUGCUCUUCACAACUGCCUCUCUGAGAUUUACCUCACUCAGGGUCUGUGCCAGGCCAACUUGAGGCUUCCCCACUUUUGGAUGUUCCCUCAUCUCAGAACCCACUCCCACAUGGAGGUAGCUCAGUUUUGAACAAUAGGUUCUCCAUCAAGAUGGCUCCUGGCCACUGCCAUCCAGGUCAUAUAGAAUGACAAAAUGGGAUUUCUUUCCACCACUCAUCUAUCUGCUACAUGACCUACUCUUAACAAAAACUGUUAGUAUACGCGAGGCUUGUGAGGAUUGUAGGCUUGUCCUGAGGGUAGGACUGCCUAGAUUCUGUCUUUUGAAAGUGGCUGCUGUUUCCCCUCUCUCUACCAGCUUAUUACCCUGGGUCAUACCAUAUUUUUUUUUUCUCUUCUCUGGUUUCCCUUUCCUUCCUUUCUGGAUUUCCAAAGUUCCUCCUCUAUUUCUCUCUGAUAAAAAGUAUAUUCGUAGAGAACAUAUGGGUCAUCCUUCCUUGUUUUCUGUAAUAAAGAGGCAGGUAUUUGAAUAUACUAUUAGAUAAUCCAUAACACUCAUGUACCUUGCUAACUCCAUCAGGAAUUCAAAAUGAACUCUUACAGAAUUCUAUGUAAAAAAUACGUUUGAAACACUCAUAGGAAAAGAUGAUUUUGCUUUCUGAUUUUGUGGAGGUUCUAUUUUGGAGAUGAUAGAUGUAUUUACAAAAACCUGUUCAAUUACAUGUAACACCUGCUAUGGUAGAAGCAUGGGCUGUGGGAGUUUGGGAUGACGAGACAGGAGAAAAUGAUUUCUAAACUCAGUGGUUAAGGAUAAGAAAGAGUUGGUGAUGGAAAUGGGAAUAAACAGGUAUGUAAAUGAUAUGGGGAAGAAGUGCUAUAUAAAAUCUCUAACUGUACCUUCAUGAGGAAUGAAUAAUAUUUAAUUUUCUAUAGGCCCUUGUUGGAAUGAGUAUUUAAGUUUAUUGCAUAGGUAUAAUUUUAGAGGAUAUUAAAUAAAGCUAUAUAAACCUCAAAAAGGUGUAUUUAUUCUUAUUCUAGUUCUCUCCUUUACCAGCUCACAUAGAGGCAGUCUCCAGUCUGCUAUCUUAUCUCGAAUUUUCUCUAUUUGUCAUUGACCAUAGUAUUUCCCUACAAUGCUCUGGCAAAGGCCAUCCAUGAAUUCCAUGAUGACAUAGGUGCAGUAAGGUCUCCUGUGAGGGCUUCAUUCUUGUCUGAAACUCUCUGACUACAUCCUAAGCAGAUGUUUGGGUAGUCCCUAGCAUGAAACCCACACAGAAGACCUGUGGCCUGUAAUAAUAUAUCUGAGUGGUUGGAAUUUUCAGUUGCAAUAAGAGUUCAACAGAUAGAGCUGAGGCUGGGUCUCAGUGGUAAAGCUUAUGGAAGGCCUUGGAAUUAGUGCCUACCAUCAUUUUUUAAAAUUAUAUACACAAUCAAAACUCUCGACAGGCAAUGCCUAACAAGAUAUAGCAGAACACAUUGUAAACCCAGUUAUUUGGAAAUACAGAGAUGACCAUUCAGAAGAGAAAAUCUGGGGUAUGUGUGAAACAAAGGAUAUCAGAAUUUUAUUUUUCAUCAUAAAAUUCCUAGUACUAUUUGGCAUUCUAUCAAAGCACAUGAGUUAGUUUGGCAACAUAUUGUUAUAGGGUCAAAAUACAACUCAACACACAUAUUAAAUAUGCCUGCCAGCUGAAUCCUACACAGCAACAGAUACAAAUCUGAGCCCUCUUCAGUUCUCAAGAAAAAAUUACUGCUCUAGGUCUUAUGAAGGUAUCUUCUCACUGUUUUACUAACUUUGAAAACAAAGUAUAAGAAGGAGUUGUACCAAGAAAUACAAAGCCAUAUGGUUUAUUCACAAAUGUAGGAUUUUAACAUCAAAAUUGUGAUUUCAGCAAUGUAGAGAAUAGCAAGGACAGUGUAGUUUUUAAAACAUACACUUACUUCAAGAUAUUUUCCUUCUUUCUUUUCCUAAGAAGUCUGCCCAGCAUAGCAGUGAAUGAACGAAACCUUUCCUUUUUAAAGAAGGGUUUCACAUGUCUGAUUUGUGUUUUCUGCCUAUAAACACAGAUCCAUUUCUACAGCUGCAGUCUAGGCUUUCCUAAGUGGAAUGUGAAAUAACAUUCAUGCUGUGGCCCUAUUCCAGACUGACCAAAUCAGGAUCUCUAUGGAGAGAGUUCCUAAAACUGGUUUAUGGUACAGAACUGAGGUUAUGUACAUCUGAGGUUAAGAAACACAAGCAUACACUCCAUUUUAUCUGUCUUGUCUUCAAAUGCAAUCUUGGGCUUUGUAUUAGUUUUCUGUGCUAUAUUUCUUUGAUCAGUUUGUAUCUGUUGAUGAAAUAGAAUACUCUGACUAGAAGCAUCUUGGGAGGAAGCGGUUUAUUUGGUAUACACAUCUGUCUUAGGGUUUUAUUGCUGUGAAGAGACACUAUGACCACAGCAACUCUUAUAAAGGAAACAUUUAAUUGGGGCUGGCUUACAGUUUCAGAGGUUUAGUUCAUUAUCAUCAUGGCAGAACAUGGCAGCAUGCAGGCAGACAUGGUGCUGGAGAAGGAGCUGGGAGUUCUAUAUCUAGAUCUGCAGGUAGCAGUAAAAGAAGUGAGCCACACUAGGCCUGGCUUGAGCAUUUGAGAUCUCAAAGCCUGCCCCCAAUGACACACUUCCUCCAAUAAAGCCAUGACUACAUCAACAAGGACACACCUUCUAAUAGUGCCACUUCCUAUGGCACUAUUCAAACACAUGAGUCUAUGGGGGUCAUUCCUAUUCAAACCAUCACAAUAUUUCAAUCACAGUCCGUCAUUGAGGGAUAACAAGACAGGAACUCAAGCAAGGAAGGAGCCUGGAGGCAGGAACUGAAGCAAAGACCAUGGAGGAAUGCUACUUAUUGCCUUGCUCCUUGUGGCUUUUAAGGUUACUUUCUUUUUUCACCCAGGACCACCUGCUCACAGGUGGCACCACCCACAGUGGGCUGGGUCCUCCCACAUCAAUCAUAAUCAAGAAAAUGCCUCACAGACAGGUCCAUAGACAGUGAUUCUCAACAUGUGGGUCACAACCCCUUUGGAGUCAAAUGACCCUUUCAUGGGGGUUGCAUAUCAGAUAUCUUGCAUGUCAGAUAGUUACAUUAUGAUUCAUAGCAGUAGCAAAAUUACCGUUUUGAAAUAGCAACAAAAGUAAUUUUAUGGUUGGGGGUCACCACAACAUGAGGAACUGUAUUAAAGGGUUACAGUAUUAGGAAGGUUGAGAACCACUGCCAUAGGACAAUAUGAUAGAAGCAAUUCCUCAACUGACAUUCCUUCUUCCCAGAUAAAUCUACAUUUGUGUCAAGCUGACAAAAACUAAUCAACACAGCUUCCAAAGCCUUAUUUUUUGUUGUCAGUUUUUUUCUUUUUAAUGAUGAUGUGCUUUCUCUUUAGAGAGCUAUGUUUGAGAUAUUUAUUUUACAGCCACAUUUAAAGCAAUCUCCAGGAUUCAGUGUGUUCAUUCUCCAUUGUCCCUUUUCCCACUUUCUAACCCAGCAGGCAGAAAGGACUUUACAGGUGGGAAGGCAUCUGAAUACUGUUGUCAUGGAAACCACUCUGAUUCUCAACCCCAGCGGGUCACUAGCUCAGUUAGAAGGCUGUAGAGUGAGACAAUAGCCCUCCCCACUCUGAUUUCUUCCUGGGAAAAGAGGUUGAAGUUGAGAGCUGAGGUUGGUUUCCAGGGAGAUCAAAGCCAGGUAUUUGAGAUUCAUGAACAGAAAAUUACAUACAUAAAAAUUGGUGCACAGGAUUGAUAAUAGGAACCUACCUAUAGAUAUUGGAAUUGCAAGCUGAUAGUUCUAUUCACAUAGAAUAUCUGUUCUUGAUGCUUGUGCAUAUGCAAACAAGUGUACACACACACACACACACACACACA